ACUAUUGGGAAAGACCAUGCGAACUAUGGAGUAAUGAAGAAACAUGGGACCACUACUAUUUUUGGAAAAAUCCAAAGGCAACGAAAGCUGAGUCACAAAAAGCUUUAAUAAAUGAUCUAAACGUUCUAAUGCAGAAUUUAGAACCCAAUUCAAAAGAAGCUACUAAGGCACUUUCGAUACUAAAUAGUUUAAAGAAUAUGACCAUCCAUAAACUUAAAAAGGCUAUUAAAAGUGAAAAAGCACCUGAAUUCGACAAUAUUGCUCCAGAUAGACUUAGGUUGUGGAGAGUAAAUAUACGUGACAAUAGCAACGAAUUAGUGAACAUAGAUCUACAUAAUUAUGACCAACUCAAGGCAACUAAAAAAAUAAAGGCAUAUUUUGAUGUACUUCCUGAAGAACAUAUUCAUUUAAUUGUUUUACCACCGGUAUUUACAAGCGCAUCAAAAGAAG